ACACACUCACCAGACCUGGCCUGAGCAAGUGCCUAGCCCGAGUACUUACAGCUUCAGCUUCAGUUGGGGACACUUCCAACUGUGGAAGAACAAACAGACAAACAACCAGAACGCUACCGUUAAAAAACAAACAACAGAAACAAAUCCAACUACGCCCCCAAUCAUGCAGAACUGUUUAUUUGUUCGCAGUCAGUAUGCUUUCAUUAAUGCCACUUGAACUUUUGAAAUACUUUAGAUGGAAACUUUUCCAGAUGUUACUGCAGAAACUGCGGCUGCGGAGAAACACUGCUACUAGCGUUCAAGAAGUGAACCCGGCGUUAACUCCUGGCUGAACUCUAAUUAUCCACAGCGUAUCUCCCUAUCUUACUAAGUACUGCUUGCGUCUUGUAAACUGAACCUUCACUCAUGGGUGGGGGGGAUCCUGGACAGAGGGGCAGCGUUUCCUUUAGGAGCGCAGGACAGCGUGUUAUUCGUUUGAUUUUACCCUCACGCACACAUGUCUGAAGCAAGAAUGAGCCUGGGCCGAUUCCCGAUGAUUUCAGUGAUAUCACAGAAUGUGCUCGAACAAUCAAGUCAUUUUUUUUCUUACAACUUGGAAAGGAAAAUCCAGAGUCUCACAUGCUGCUUGUUUCUCACCCCGCCUUCCUGGGCCACUGAGUUGCCCCCGUAAGCUAUUUGUGCAGAAUCGGUGUCUCAGAACCACUGAACAUGGAUUGGUCAGAAGGAAGCAGAGGCGGAGCCAUUCAGAGCAGUCUCCCCUCUCCAUAAAACCGUGAGAAAUCAGCAGCCAGCACCAGGCUGCUCUGGCUCCCAGGGAUGCUCCCGCUGGAAACUGAACUUCUGAGAGGCUCCGGUGUGAGGAUGGGGACGCAGCUGCGGCUCCCAGCUGUACAGCGACUCUCAGGAAAAGGACUCUGAAAAGACUCUAAAUGAAUAAGGCUGAAAAGAAAACGGCAGCGAGAACAAAAGCAAACGUCGGAGUGGUCAACUGAGAAUGAACAUUCAGAAGCCCGGGUGUCUAAAGAGGUGAGCAGAGCGGAGUCCAGAAGAGACCAACAACUCCUUUGCAAGCCCCGCGGCUGCUUCUGACUGCGCUCACAGCAGGCGCCAACUGCAGUCUCCCAACUUCCACAAACACACACAUAGAGCCUGGGAGAAAAUCACCGGCGCUUCCCUGGCCAGGAGGUUGGAUCAAUUCAAGAAUUCGAAUCCAGCUGCUGCAGGAAGAUGAACUCCACCCACCACCAUGGCAUGUAUACCUCCCUCCACCUCUGGAACCGCAGCAGCUACGGGCUGCACGGCAAUGCCAGCGAGUCCCUGGGGAAGGGGUACUCUGAUGGAGGAUGCUACGAGCAACUUUUUGUGUCCCCCGAGGUGUUUGUGACUCUGGGCGUCAUAAGCCUGUUGGAGAACAUUCUAGUGAUCGUGGCAAUAGCCAAGAACAAGAACCUGCACUCACCCAUGUACUUUUUCAUCUGUAGCCUGGCUGUGGCAGAUAUGUUGGUGAGCGUUUCAAACGGGUCGGAAACCAUCGUCAUCACCCUGUUAAACAGCACAGACACGGACGCGCAGAGCUUCACCGUGAAUAUUGAUAAUGUCAUUGACUCUGUGAUCUGUAGUUCCUUGCUCGCGUCCAUUUGCAGCCUGCUUUCCAUUGCUGUGGACAGGUAUUUCACUAUCUUUUACGCCCUCCAGUACCAUAACAUUAUGACGGUUAAGCGGGUAGCAAUCAUCAUAAGUUGUAUCUGGGCAGCUUGUACGGUGUCAGGCAUCCUCUUCAUCAUUUACUCGGACAGCAGCGCUGUCAUCAUUUGCCUCAUUACCAUGUUCUUCACCAUGCUGGUUCUCAUGGCCUCUCUCUAUGUCCACAUGUUCCUGAUGGCGAGGCUCCACAUUAAGAGGAUUGCUGUCCUCCCCGGCACUGGUACCAUCCGCCAGGGUGCCAACAUGAAGGGGGCAAUUACGCUGACCAUCCUGAUUGGAGUCUUCGUGGUCUGCUGGGCCCCUUUCUUCCUCCACUUACUGUUCUAUAUCUCUUGCCCCCAGAAUCCAUACUGUGUGUGCUUCAUGUCUCAUUUUAACCUGUAUCUCAUACUGAUCAUGUGUAAUGCCAUCAUUGACCCCCUCAUUUAUGCCCUCCGGAGUCAAGAACUGAGGAAAACCUUCAAAGAAAUCAUCUGCUUCUACCCCCUGGGAGGCAUCUGCGACUUGUCUGGCAGGUAUUAAGUGGGGACUGAGUGCGUACUAGGAAUACUAGGACCCUGCAGACUUUCUCACGCUGGCACACCUGAGCAAUGUGCUUUGGCAACAGCUGCUUCUCCUGUGUAUUGCUUUGAUUGAAAGUCUCUACUGUUUAAGUUUCAGUUUAUGGCUUUUGAUAUGAAAAAGUCUAAACCUGUUAUUUUUAAUGUCAUGUGCUACUUUUUGGUUUGUCAAAUGCUAAUCUAUGUUCUAUAUUGUGGGCGCUAUGAAUUUACCAAAAAAAAAAAAAAGGGAAAAGAAAGACAUCCUUAUUAAAAGUUUACUAAUGUCUCUUUCCUGUUAUUUAUCAAGAUUCAACACUUGUCCUUUCUGUAGUGACAGAAGCCAGAGCCUUAUUAAAUAUAUUCUCAACUGUUUCAUGCAUCACCCCCACAGGACUGCAGAUGCUUGAUUGCACUAUUUAUAAGGAAAAUGUUUAAAAACUAGAUGCUCGAUCAUUCUGUAAGCCAUCCCCACCAGUG